AUGGAUGGCCUCAUUGAUGGAAAUGAUAAUCGGAAUGAAAUUGCGUGGCGAAUAUCUGCGGAAUUAGAAUGUAAAAGGUAUCUACUUCCUAUGGAUGAAGUCUGGGACUGUCUUGAUCUACAUGAGAUAGGAAUCCAUGAUAACCAAAACGAUUGUAACAUGGUAUUGACCACUAGAUACCACGACAUUUGUCAUUAUAUGGAAACUGAUGAACAAAUUUAUGUGCGGCAAUUGUCUAUAACUUAUGCGUAUAAAAUGUUCUUGGAGAAAGUGGGUAGGAAUGUAAAUCUUCCAGGCAUUGAACCAAUUGCCAAGUUAGUUGUUGAUGAGUGUGCUGCCUUGCCGCACUUGAGAGACAUGGUAGCGAGAGCCUUUAGGAAUAAAGAUAAUAUUCACCUCUCGAAUGAUGGACUAAAGAGUUUACGAAAAUUUCCAAGUAUCAAAAUCCAGGAGAUGGAUGAAUUGAUUGAGUUUUUAAAGUUUUGUUAUGAAGAGUUAGAUGGUUAG